AUGGACGCCGAGGACUAUUUCAACCUGCUGCUUUCCCCCGUUCGACCGCGUCACUACCGUGAACAAUUAGGGGCGGGUUGUGACUCCGAUGCCGAGAACGAAGGCGAGAACAGCGACAACGAUUCCGUCCAAGACGCGGCCGCCGUGGUCCUGCCCCUGGCACGGGAGGGCGGCCGAGACAACCGGGAAGGCGAAUCCAGAGACAACCUCGACGGCAAGCUCGACCGUCGCGGCCGCCACGGCGUGUACGAAGUCCAGUGA